ACUGCUCACUAGACAAUACCUAUUCCAAUGUUGAAAAGCUCACUCGUUAGCUCAUACCCCCUAUAUCGUGCCGCGUCUUUCCGUGCUGGCGCCAGAUUGGCUGGACCCACCCUAGCCUGCCGCGGCUUCAUGACUGCGCCCUCCCGACAAAACUCUCUUACUGGUAAACGCGCGCAUGAAGGAUCAGUUUCAGGUACAGAGGGCCUUCAUAGAGAGGACCUUGCGUCUGCCAAGAAGAACAAGGACGCAUCUCCCGCCCUUACCAAAAUGGAUGCAGUCAGUACUCUCCCCUCCACCGUGCACGGCGAUUGGGUCCUAUUCCAUCCGGUAUACUCGGAGGAAGAACUCAAAUCGGUCGAGGUAUUGCAUCGAGAAGCAAAGACAAUCUCCGACAAGUUCGCGUGCAACUUGGUCAAGAUCACGAGAUGGGGAUUUGAUUUGGCCUCUGGAUACAAGCACAAACCUAUCCCUCCCAACAGUAAUCUAACUUUAGAGGAACUGAAGAAGGGAGGUUAUAUUUUAGACGAGCGCGGGUGGCUUCGUCGUAUUCUGUUCCUGGAAACAGUCGCUGGCGUACCAGGUAUGGUGGCGGCUGUGCUACGACAUCUGGGAAGCCUUCGCCUUAUGAGGCGGGAUUCUGGUUGGAUUCAUACACUUCUGGAAGAAGCCGAGAAUGAAAGGAUGCAUUUAAUGACAUUCAUGACAUUGCGCAAACCCUCUCUUUUCUUCCGAGCAAUGGUACUGGGUGCUCAAGGGGUAUUUUACAACCUAUUCUUCCUAUCUUAUAUGAUUUCGCCUCGAACGUGUCACCGUUUCGUCGGCUAUCUGGAAGAAGAAGCUGUUCUUACAUAUACACGCUGUAUCGAAGAGAUUGAGGCAGGUCGGCUCCCCGAGUGGACUGACUUAUCUGCUCCUGAGAUAGCAAAAGACUACUGGCGUCUUGCGCCAGAUGCCAAGUUGCUGGAUGUCAUGUACGCCGUUCGCUCUGAUGAAUCUACCCAUCGAUUCGUCAACCACAGUUUCGCGAAUCUGAAUGUGAAGACGGAUGUGAAUCCAUUUGCGCUUCGUGAACCGAACAUGUUGGUCAAGGGGCGGAAGCUUGGAUUUGAAAGAAGCGAAGCAGAAAAGUAUGUUAAGGAAUCACAUGAACUCCUUCAGCAAGGAAAAUCAAAAGCCGAGUAAUUGAUCAUGACAAUCCAAGUUAUUAUAGAAAUCAUAGAUUAUUAUUUGCUCUUAUCAUCAUCCUCACUCCGUCUCUCAACUUACUGUACAUCACGAAUAAAUGUCAACUGUACCUACCUAUAUCACUAAUUCAAUCAUGGAACUUUGUAUGUUUGUUUCUAACUCUGAUUGCGUCCAUAACC